UAAUCCCACAACCAACAGUGUCUCAUACCCUCCACCCUUACAAUACAUAUAAUAUAUACACCCCACCCUACCGCACCCCCUAUAUCAUGGAGCAAAUUCAGGUUGGUUUACCUUAAAAGGCCCUCCCAAAACCAUUUCACACAUUGAUGUUCACCACCACUAGUACUAUUGGGUAGCAACAGUACGUACUACUUCACGUAUGAUCAUGGAGAUAGAGUCGGCAAAGUGUGAGUGUUGUGGGCUGAGAGAGGAUUGCACCCAGGAGUACAUAAAAGAAGUGAAGGAUGGCUUCGGAGGGAAAUGGCUCUGCGGGCUCUGCUCCGAGGCCGUCAGGGACGAGGUCCGAGAGCGGAGGAAGAAAGGGAAUAUUGGCGGCCUCGAGGAGGCGGUGCAUGCCCAUAUGUCCUUCUGCGGAAAGAUGAUCAAGUCGAACCCCGCGGUCCGGGUGGCCGACGGAAUGAAGCAAAUGCUUAGGCGAAGGUCGGGGGACUCACUGAGUUCAUCUUCUAAGAGGUUCGGGAGAUCGGCGAGCUCGUCACAGAUUGAGGAGGGUUCUUCAGUCUCUAUCUAUUGAACUAACCAGGAGCACUAGUAAUCAGUAAUCAGUAAUCAGUAAUCAGUAAUCAGUUGCUGCAAUAAUCUUAGCUUUCUAGCUAGAGCCUAGAGGCUUUGCUUUAUAUCUAUCUUUCAUUUUUCCUGUUUCCUUUCGGUAUCUUGAUACAUAUGCUAGUUACAUUGUACAGAGGAUUUGAUCGAUCCCUGCAACUUUUGGUACUAGUUCUAUAGGCAUUGCUAGAACUAAGCUAAGCACUUGCUAUCUGUUUAUGCUUCAUUUUCUUUUUUUGGGUUAUUUUCGGAGGAGGGGGGGGGGAGAAUAAAAAAAAAAGAAAAAAAAAGAGAUCCUUGUUUCAAAAUUUUGCUUUAUUUUAUUUUCCUUGCUUACCAGCUGUUUUAGCCUCUGAAAAGUAGCUGUUUUGGAGAGGCAGCAAGUAUAUAUUCGGUUAAUCGUAAAUUCAUUAGAUCUAAUCUUAUUAUUCUAUUCCUGCAAUUGGCGGCCGAGAUGAUAGCUUGUGGAGCUAAAUCAAGAACAUUUAUCUUAUUCUUAUCAGACAAGCUACAGGAAUUUAUCAAUUGUGAUUGAACGUUCAUCUAUCAACUCCUAAACGGUGCUUUGGCCUCACUACAGAGACGUCAUAUGCAUAGACAAUAAAACACAGUUAGGUCGAAUCCGGUUCCACAGAUUUAUUAUUGAAUGUAACUUAUUCUUGAAUUAUUAUAAAAGUUUAUUCCUGAC